AUGACCUCCAAUCAAGCCGAUGAUGAACUGUUCACGAGGGCCAUCUCCGGGUAUCGCGACGCUUUUUUGGUCAGGCACUCCCACCUUCCGGAAUCCGAACGCAAUCGGCUCUGGAGACGACGGAUCAGCGCCUUCAUCGACCAGGACGGCUCCGAGAAACCCGGUAAACGCACUCGACAGGAUGCUACCCCGCGGACGCUUCCUUCUGGUUCUGGUCUUCCGCAGGCGAAACGGCGAGCCACCACCCCGGACUUGCCGGUGAGCGUCGAGCUCCGGCGCGCCCUCUCCCAGUCCUCGCCGGAGAUGCCCCGACAGGGUGCAUCCACUGGAGGGACCUACCGACACACGACCAUGGUCCGUUCCCAAAGCCAGCAGAUCCCGGUCUCUCACUGUCAUCCGCCGGCUGGGAUAGCCACGGGCCAGCGACCAUCUUUCGGACGGACUCGGACUCCCCAGGCGCUUGACCAUGUCGACGAAUACUCGCCUUCCGAAUAUGCGAAACACCUGGAGGAACCCGACACGCAACACUAUUCUUCGGCACUAACGAUGGGGCUUGCGAUACAUGGAUCGUCUGGACCGACCCCCCUGCAACAUCUUGGACAGCCGUCUCCUCCGCUGACCGACGCUUCACCGGCUGAAGCGGUGGAGAUGACCCGCAGCGCAACGGCCGACACCAUCAUCGACGGCUUCGACACCUUUCAGUUCGAGUCCAAUGGACGUGCGGAUCUGGAUCCCCAUUUCUCCAUCCCCCCAGAGUGGGUGCCCACAUCCACCACUGGUAUUUCGUAUCAUGAACCCUUCUCCGCUGCCAUGUACCCUGACCUAGAUACCUCUUCCUUCCCCUUCUACCCUGCAUCAUUUUCCACCUCUGCACCGCCAACCACGUCCAUCCGGCGGUCGAUGCCGUCUGGUCCCCCCAUGCUGACGUCGGUGGACAUGAAGCCGUCACCGUCCAACGAAAGCAACGAUUCCAUCGAUGUGGGACCAUCUCGCGCGGUUCGGCGUGCUCAAGAGCAGAUCGCUCAGGCAGCCCGACCCAUCGCACCGAAGCAGGAGUCACAGGAGAGCAUCAUCCUGAAGAGCGAUUCAUCCAAUCCACUCAGGAUGGUCCGUAUCUCAUCUGCAGACGGCACGACGAAGGAGGUGGCGGCAAUCCCCAAAGCCUCGAUUCAACGACCACCACGACCCAAGACCUACUGCCACCUCUGCAACGACCAACCCGAGGGCUUCCACGGUGAACACGAGCUGCGACGACACAUCGACCGAGUGCACGCAACGGUGCGCAAAGUAUGGAUGUGCGUGGACAUCUCACCGGACAAGACGUUCCUAGCAAAUUGCAAAGCCUGCCGCAACGGCAAGAAGUACGGAGCCAACUACAACGCGGCGGCGCAUCUGCGACGCACCCAUUUCAACCCGUGCCAGCGAGGGCGAGGCGGGCGCGGCAAAGACAGCGAGAAACGCGGCGGCAAGGGCGGAGGCAACCACCCGCCGAUGGAAGUGCUGAAGCACUGGAUGAUGGAGACGCACGAGAUAGCGGACGAGAACGCGGUGAGCAGCGUCAGUCCGGCGACACCGGGUGAGAGCCAGGCGAAAAGAGUAGCCGUGUCGGGCGACAGCAAAGGCCCCAAAGAAAUGGGAGUGGAAUCGGCCCUGAUACACGGGUUCGACCCCUUCCCCGUGGCCUCGUUUGACUUGGAUGCCACGCUGGACACGCCGUACUAUCUCGACGGGCAGUCGCUCCCGGAGCUGGAGUAUGUCAUGUGA